AUGUCUGACAAGCUGAAGGAACGCAAAAGGACUCCAGUUUCCCAUAAAGUUAUCGAAAAGCGGAGGAGGGACCGGAUCAACCGAUGCUUAAAUGAAUUGGGCAAGACGGUGCCCAUGGCCCUAGCGAAGCAGAGUUCGGGGAAGCUCGAGAAAGCGGAGAUUUUGGAGAUGACCGUACAAUACUUGAGAGCCUUGCACUCCGCUGACUUUCCCCGGGGAAGAGAGAAAGCAGAACUUUUAGCGGAAUUCGCCAACUACUUUCAUUAUGGUUACCACGAGUGCAUGAAGAACUUGGUGCAUUAUCUGACAACGGUGGAGAGAAUGGAGACCAAGGACACGAAGUAUGCGCGAAUCCUGGCUUUCUUGCAGUCCAAAGCGCGGCUGGUCACCGAGCCGGUGUUCCCCUCGCUAGGUUCCCUCCCCGAGCCAGACUUUUCCUACCAGCUUCAUCCCGCUGGCCCUGAGUACCCUGGACACAGCCCGAGUGAAGCCGCCGUCUUCCACCAGGGGCCAGGUCAUGGCCCCUUCUCCUGGCCCCACGGCCCUGCCCGCAGCCCCACCCUACCCUACCUGCCCAACACCCCGGUGGCCCUCUCCAACCCGACUCAACCACACAGUCCUUUCCUGGCCCCAGUGCAGGGGCUGGAUCGGCAUUAUCUCAAUUUGAUCGGUCACUCUCACCCUAACACCUUAAACCUGCACACGCCUCAGCACGCCCCAGUGCUAUAA